AUGGCAUCGCCUAUAGCUGUUGCGACGAUAGCUUUACAGGGUGCAUCUGUAGGUGUUUCUGGUGAACUUGCUAUUCGAAGCCUGUUUCGAAAGAAAGACAAAGCUGCUCUAGUGAGGGCAGGCAAGUUCUUUUUGGGCAUUUGCAUGGCAUUGAAAUCAAUUUUGUUUAUAUCAUUUCAUGCCAGUCAAGGAGACAAAUGCAAUAUUACUGGAAGAGUUGCUGAUUUAUUAUACCAUCUAGCAAUGACAGCCGGUAAUCAUGUACUGGUGACAAGAGUACAGUCCAUUGUACCUAUCAAUUGGAGAAAACGGGCUCUCGUCUUCCACACAACUUUGACAGUUUUACGGCUGAUUAUUGGCAUUAUAGAUGUCGCCUUGGUUAACAUUGGCAACUACCCUGAUGGCACUUGCGAAUACACAGACGAAGAGUUUUGGGGCCCUGUAUACACCUUGUAUGAUACGCUAAUCGAUCUAUAUGUCACCAUCAUGAUCUCUGCCAUCUUAAUUAGUCAUAUUAGAUCUUUAGUGUCAGACAGAAUGAAAGUAAACAAAUUACUGUACACAUCUGUCAUCUAUCAUAAUGUGAUACGAACUAUUUGUUUAACCAUCGUCAAUUUGAUAUCAGCAAUAUUUAUUAUCAUGAAAAAUCAAACAGAGGUCAUCAUGCUGAUAUGGCCCAUCAUCAACAUCUGCUUUGUGAUACUUGUUGGAUAUGAUUCAGAUGUAACAAAGGCCAUCAGAAAACUACAACAAAAGCGCUGGCGCACCCUAUCCAACAUGACAAGCACGAUUGAUCUCGGCAAUGUGCCAUCCAUGGCAAGACAUACAAUGAAGCAGCCCUUAUCAUCAAGUCGCUCAGAUCCGGAAUUAGGGAUUCCAUCAAACAAUACCAACGAGAAUACUGAAGGUGAAGAUGAUGAUUUGAGCGUAAUUCGCACUGAACAAUGGAAAUCAAGAUUGAGCUCAAUGAUGGAGCAAGACGUAGAUCUUGACACGAAGACUAUCCGACCACCCGCAUCCGCCAUACAUCCUAAUCCAACGCAUCUUCCUUCUCAUGAUGGAGCCACCUCAUACGACACAGAUCAUACUCGCAUUUAA